AUUAUGCCCUCACUAACUAUUGAAAAUUACAACAAAACCAAUCUUUAUUUCCAUCCUAUUCCCACGACGCCAUGCCACUCUUCUGUCUGUCACCCUCACGCGACACCUCCACCGCCCACCGCUAGUCACCGCCACUCUCCACCCACCGGAACGGCCAUCGCUUGCUACUGCCACACUCAUGCCGAAACAGCUGUAGCGGUUCUAGCUGCUAAGGAUCACCACAAGAGCCUUAGGUCAUCUCUCUAAACUCUGUCCCGCUCUCAACCGGAAGAAUCUUCAACGGCCGUGGUCGUCUCUGGCGGUCGCGCUCUCACCGGCUCGUGUCUCAAACUCUCAUCAUUCACUGGUUUGCCUCAUUCCUUCUACCACUUUAGAUUUUCAUUUUGCAUGAUCUGUCGGUUUUCACUUCAAAAUUCCAAUUAUAUAGGAAUAUGGAGGAAAAUGCAACACCACAUGAGGAUCAAGAUGAAUAUGUUUUGCUUGAUUUAGAUGGUGUUUAUGGCCUAAUUGAUAUCCCACCAAAUGCAAACUAUGUUCUUACUGGUCUUGAUACUUUAAACCCGGUAUUAAUCAUUGAUGACAGAUUUAAGCUGGUCGGGGAAUAUGAGGAGACUAUCGGAACAUGUAUCGCCUUUUCAGAACAAGAUACACGAGUGGUUCAUGAAGAGACUGAACCAUCUGAAACCAACCUAGUUUCUGGAACAAGACUAAUUGAUUCAAGUCAACCUUCGACAAAACAAGUGAAACCUGUGUGUCAGCUUCAUAAGAUUCUCAAGUUUAAAUUAUCACCUGAUUCUGAAAUUCGCACAGCUGAGGAAGCCAGUUGAAUUUGGAAGCUGAUAUAACAUAUGUACAAAAGAACUCUUUUCAGUUUUUCUUUUUUAAAUGAAUUCUGAUGAUCUGUAUAUUAUGUGAAUUCACAUUUUGCCUAUUUUAAAUGAAUUAUGAUGAUCUGUCAAAAAAGGAGGAUGAAUUGUGAUGACAUGUUAAGAUUGGAAAACAUAAUUCAAUUGGUUGUUAUCA